AUGCCAUCCAACGCAUCAUGGCUCAAAUCACUCACCACCACUGCUGCACACCUUCGACCAACAACGAACUUACAAUCUCUGACAAAGCAUCGCAUUCGAAGUUCAAGCUCAAUCGCUCAAUCUAGCGGAGGUUUUGAUCGUGUCAUAUUCUCUGGAAUUCAACCCACAGGUGUACCUCAUAUCGGUAAUUAUAUUGGAGCAUUAAAGAAUUGGGUAAAGAUUCAAGAUGAGAAUAAAAAACAAGUCGAAUCAAGAAAGAAAUCGAAAUUAUACUAUUCAAUCGUAGGAUUACAUGCAUUAACUUUACCACAAUUACCUGAAAGAUUAAGACAAGAAAGAUUUGAAAUGAUGUGUACUCUUUUAGCUAUUGGAUUAAAUCCAAAUCAAUCAUGUUUAUUUAAUCAAGAUGAGGUACCUGCUCAUUGUGAACUUACAUGGAUACUAAAUUGUAUCACUCCAGUUGGAAAGUUAAAUCGAAUGACAACUUGGAAGGUAAUAGACGAGUCACUUCUACACCUCGGUUUACUUGCAUAUCCUGUUCUACAAUCGGCCGAUAUCCUUCUAUACAAAUCUACUCAUGUACCAGUUGGACAAGAUCAAGAACAACACAUAGAACUAACUCGAACCAUUGCGAAAUCAUUAAACAAGCAUCUUCGAGCUAAAAUCUUUCCUAUACCACGUCCUAUGUUCGCUCCUCAAGCUCGUAUUUUAAGUCUUCGAAAUCCAGAAAUGAAAAUGUCAAAAUCACAUCCAAGUCCAACAAGUCAAAUCUUAAUCACAGAUACACCAGACAUGAUCAAAUCUAAAAUCCAAUCAGCAGUAACCGAUUCGAUCAGUCAAAUCAAUUAUGAUCCAAUCAAGCGACCAGGUGUUAGUAAUCUAUUAGAUAUCUAUGCUGGACUUUCUGAUUUAUCUAUCCUAGAAGUUAUGAAACGAUUUGAAGGGAAAAUGGCAGGAGAUUUGAAGAUCGAAUUAACAGAUUUACUUGUUGAUCAUCUUACACCUAUCAGAAUCGAAUUCGAAAGACUUAAACAAGAUCGUGAGGAAGUUGAAAAGGUUUUUAAGGUUGGGGCUUUACAGGCUACAGCAAUUGCUAAUCAAACGCUUCAAGAAGUCAAAAAGGGGCUUGGUUUAUUGUGA